AUGUUUGGUAUAGUUCCUCAUUUCAUUGCCCCCGGGGUGGAUUUUUGCAGCGUUAAAGGCCACCAUUACAUCGUUCGCUCAGAUGCUGGUAUCUACAUAAAGACAGACAGCUUGAGCAAAGAAAGUGAUGUAAAGGUGUUUAAUCUGCACUACUCCUGCAAAGGAGGAGAUCACUACCUUGCAAACAAUGGCUACUUCUACAUCGUAAAAGGUAACAACUACCGCAGAGUAACGAACAUGAACACGGAUUCUGAUUCUGUUGUCUAUUCCCUCCAUCCCAAUUGCCAAGGUGGAGAUCACUACUUGUCCAUGUGCGGAAAAUUUUACAUCAUCUACAAAGAUAGAGGUAUCUACAGGAGGACAACAAACAUGAACAAAGACGAUGACGCCGUGGAAUACCCUCUCCACCCCAACUGCAAGGAUGGUCUAUACUACUGGGGUCUGGAAAAAUAUGCCUACACAAUUAAGCCACUGGGAGAUUGGGAUCCUCAAUAUCACAAGACAAGCAAUAUGAACCACGACUGGGAUAGCCAUGACCAAUCCUUCAACAACGAUGUUGUAAACUUUUUGCCAGGAGCUCCAGGACAAGCGGUCAUUAAAGAUGGUAAUUCUAUUGGAGAAUACAAGCUUGCAAAAUGUUCCGAGAAAAUGGAGAAUGCAUCAAAGGAUACGGGGAUCGAUUGCACAUUAUUCAUGAACUUUUCAUUCUUUGUUUUAAUGGUUGUAUAUCUCUCACGAAAUUAUGAAUAG